AUUCUAGAUGGCAAUCGCUAUAUAGUCACCCCUUGGAUCUGGCCCUGGUCUCGGGGUUGAGAACCCCAGAAGGGUUAGUGUAGUUUGUUCUCUUUCGCGUGUCUCCGUAAUUCGACUGCAUUGCGGUAAUAUUAUAUACCUAUUUGAAUGCCGAACGCAUCUCUCAUCGUCAGCCCUCUCGUCCGAGGUUUGGACAGGACAGUGGGGAAGCACAGCAGCGAAGACCUCACCGGAGAACGAAGAUGUUUUUCAGCAAGUUAUCAUACACUCUAGGCCUAUGCUGCCUUGCUGCCGGCACGAUUCUUCAGAACGGCCAAGUGAGGACUACGAACUACCCUGAUAUCAAGAUAGACGUCGCCUCCUAUAGGUUUAGGACUUACGAUGCCAACGCAACCGAGAUAUCGUACAAGGGGCGAUGGGACUCAAAAAAGGUGUCGUGGUGGUCAGCGCCUGGCCUAGUCUUCGGCUUCACGGGGGACACUGUGGCCAUCACCUUUGGCGACUUGACCACGGACACGACGUUGGUCGGAUACCGCAUUGGAGGUAUGGACUGGUCUUUCACGAACGUGAGCGCUGGGGCUACGCACCUGUUCGUUUCGAGCGCCACCCCUGGCGUCCACGAGACGUGGCCGUUUAAUCCGCUACCAUUCGAGCUUCGUGUCACAAACUGGGCGUACGGCGUGCAGAUCGCUCAAGUCCACGUCGCCGAGGGAGAGUCGCUUGUCCGUAUCCCGCCUCACCAGCGGACCAUCGAGUUCAUCGGCGACAGCCUGUCUGCUGGCAUGUACACUAGUUUCGAGGGCUUGUCGAGCUUCGCCUACGGCGUGGGUGCCGGGCUCGGCGAUACGGAGUACUACGUCACGGCGUACCCGGGAAUCUGCGUCUCGGACCAGAAUUGCUGGGGCAACCCCCGGGGCCAGGCGCAUCAGUGGUUCUAUACGUCUGACACAAGCUGGCGGGCGUCGACUAUUUGGGGAGAUGCGCCGGAGCCCUGGGACUUCGAGAGGCAGGAGACGACCCCAGACAUCGUCGUCAUUAACCUCGGCACCAACGACAACAACUCUGCCAACAACGUCAGCACCGCAACCUACGUCGACGCCUAUACGAAGCUCAUCCAAGGGAUACACGGAAAGUAUCCCAAGGCUCAGGUUAUUGUGAUGCAACUCUGGAUGGGGUUCUACGCUUCUGGUAACAGCUACGCGCAGAAUCAGGGCUACGAGCAGGAGCUUAAGGACAUCGUGGCCUACUUCAACUCGGACGAGUAUCUCUCCGCGCCGCUAGUCUGGGACGGAGCCACGAACACGACGACGAAGCUCGACGCCCCUAGUGAGCCCUUCGUGUCCUACUUUAGCACAAGAGGAAUCAUGCAGCAUAACGACAUCGGCCCCGCGUGGCAUCCGACGGACGUCGGCGCUAUUAAGGUGGCGAGCCACCUGAGCCAGUUCAUCAAGUUAACGUUCGGAUGGGAGCUAGUCGCCACGGGUCCGGAGAUCUUCCACGAGACGCUGUACUGGAACGACGAGCAGAACUAUUAGACUCCGUAGCCCGCGUGUACGCAUAGCACCUAGGAGGCAGAAGGAACCCUCUCAAGCCUGGCACUCUGU